AGGCUUGAAUUGGCAAAAGUUGAAAGUUUAAAAGUCUUAGGCUUGAAUUCGAGGUUAGAUUUUGGGUCGUGAUAUUAACUCAAUCCGAUGAGUCGGUUCAACAGUUAGGAAUGAGUAAAUUGCCUAUAUACAAAUCAAUGAUCCAAUCGCUUUCCACGGAAGAUCUGAACACUUCACAUAACAUUGCAAUAAGAGGACAAAGUAAACAGAGGUUAGUUCAAUUGGAGGAGCAAAUUCAAAAGCAAGGAAUGAAUAAAUUACCUGUGCACACAUCCAUGCUCCAGUCAUCUUCAAAGAAAGAUCUUAGCACUUUACGUAUGAGUGGAAGAAAGCAAGGUGAAGGAGAGAAACAACUUGAUAUUCAGGAGAAACAAAGCUGUAAAAAGGUAAAGACAAACUCGGUCCUACCGUCGACGAGUGUAAAUCAAUUUCUAAAAAAAUAUUGGAUACACGUUGGUGGUGAAAAUUCUCCUAAUAUCCAACAAGUAGAUGAAGUCAGAUUUAUGUCAUCCGCUGUUGUUGAUGAGCAUGAAAUAGAAAUGGAUAAUUUUGAUGCACAAGCAGGAGUUGGUGACGAUGAGUUUGUUAGAGAUGAGGAUGUAAACAUUGAUAGUGCUGCAGAUGGGAUAUUAGAGAAGAAAAGAGUUCGAGGGCAAGCGACAUGUAAGAAUAUUCAUGCAAGAAGUUUUGAAGAAAGAGAGGAGGUGAUAUUUGACAAAGGACAAGCAGUGGGACCAACUGACAAGAGAAUGUCUGAUUUGACUAACUUUAUAGGAACAAUUGCAAGAAAUCCAAGAUUUAUCACCUUGGUGCAUACUAGUUGGCAUGCUGUGUCACAGGAUAUUAAGCGACGAAUGUGGGAAUAUGUCAAUUCCAAGUUCAUAAUUCCAGCAGAAGGAGAGAAGUGGGUAAUGACCGGUCUUCGUGAUGCUUGGAGGAGACACAAGAGAAAUAUUAAGAUGAAAUAUUUCAAUAAGAAUGCUACUGACGAAGACAUGCUACAAAAUCAUCCGAAUGAGAUACCAGAAGUUCAAUUUCGCCAAUUGAUUGAGUAUUGGAAGGAUUCAGAUGUCCAAGCCAUGUGCCAAUUAAAUUCUGAAAAUAGAAAAAAAAAAAAAGUGGAGGCAUCGAAUGGGACCUAUUAAUUUUGGAAGAAUACGCGUAGCAUUGGUAGCUUUUACUCGACAAUUUAUGAAAAUUUUGACUUCCAUUUUCUUUGUCGGAACACA